AUGACGUCCCAAUCCUGGUUCCGGCAAGACCUUGUUAAUGAAAUCAAUGAAAUGCAAGACUUGCAGGACGAGCUGCAAGAGAGGCUCAUUCUUCUGACCGAGGCAGAAAGCGGAAAAAUCCUCGCAAAGGUGGCCGGUUCCUCUUCCGAAUUCAGGCCCACCAGCUCGGGCGGGAAGACGUCGAGCGACGAUGAGCUGGAGCAAGCCUCUCCCUUGCAACAGUAUAUUCAUCGCACGCUUCAUGAUACGCAUCGCCCUCCACCUGCUGAUUGGCAGCCCGAUGGCGAGACCGAUAGCGGUGACGAUGCCGACGACGAGGAAAGUUGGUCUUCUGAGUUGGCCGAACAUUUAGGAUGGGUCUAUGAAGAAGAGCCCUUUGGAGACCUCGCCGAAGAAUCGGACUGGGAGGACGAGGAGACUGAUGCCGGGAUGCAAGACAUCCAGACGGCCCUGGAGUAUCUACGUGGUGUUUUGGCUGCAGCCCAGAACCAGAAGCCUUCUCCAACAAAAGAUGCUGCUGACAAGAACAAUGAUGAGAAGAGCGUCCAUGCCAAAGACAGCGAAAUGGACGAGGAGGACGACUUUGUCAUUCUCAGUGGUGAGGAAGAGGACGACGAAAUUCAGGAUAUAACCGAGUCCUGCCUUGAAGUCAUCAACCACCUCGACUAUAUCAAGUUUCCGAGUGUCGAUGUCGUGGACUUUCUUCGUCGAGGAGAACUGGAAGUCUUGCUCGCCGACGACAACGACGUCAACGUCAACGGCAGCGGCGGGACAUCUUGCUCCGCUCCUGUGCGAUCAAAGUGGCAGCUUCUCUAUGAGAAAUUCUGCGGCCAGGACAGCAAAGGCAAAGUCUUCAAGGAGGCCGACCUGGAGAAAUGGAGACAUGAAGUUGGCCAAGCAUGCGGAGACUUGAUCAAAGACGUGAGUCGGCGUCUCCACCAGCUAAAGAACCCCGGUUGCUAG